CCCGGGAGGAAGAGAGGCAGUGUCCUGUCAGCAGCAGCCUCCCGUGCUGCCUGGAGCUCCUUUGCUUCUUCUGCCAGAGUCCCUGAGUCCCGGGUCCAGCCCCGCCUCCGGCGCGGUCUCUUUGCUCUCUUAGCUUGCUCGUGGCCCAGCUGAGGCUCCCUGGGGCAAGACUGAACAAAGGUCCAGGCCCGCCCUACUCCUCUCCCUGUGUGUCCCAGGAACGCGAACGCGCCUGCCGGAACCGAGCACGUGCAGGACCGAGCGGCAGCGCGCGUGCGGGUAACCUGAACCUGAGAGAAUGUUCGCUAAAGCGACUCGGAAUUUCCUUAAAGAAGUUGACGACGGAGGAGACCUAAUCUCCGUCUCACACUUGAAUGACUGUGACAAGCUGCAGCUCCUGGGUCUGGUGACCAAGAAGAAACGGUACUGGUGCUGGCAGAGACCCAAGUACCAGUUUUUGUCUGUCACCCUGGGAGAUGUUCUCACAGAGGGGCAAUGUCUCAGUCCAGUGGUCGUGGAGUCCGACUUCGUGAAAUAUGAGAGCAAGUUUGAGAACCAUAUGAGCGGGAGCAUCAGGACGGCUGUGGGCAAGGUCAAGCUGAACGUUGGCGGCAAAGGCCUGGUGGAGGGCCGCUCUUCGUUUGGAACCCUGAGGAAGCAGGAGGUGGAUCUGCAGCAGCUCAUACAGGACGCAGUCGGGAGAACGGUUAAUCUGGAAAACCCAGUGCUGCAGCAGGUGCUAGAGAGGAGGAACGAGGUCCUGUGUGUGCUGACGCAGAAGAUUGUGACCACGCAGAAGUGCGUGAUAUCUGAGCAUGUGCAGACGGAGGAGAAGUGUGGAGGCAUGGUGGGGAUCCAGACCAAGAUUGUGCAGGUGUCAGCGAUGGAGGAUGGGACUGUCAUCAAGGACUCCAGUGUGGUGCUGGAGAUCCCUGCUGCCACCACCAUUGCUUGUGGCGUCAUAGAGCUGUAUGUGAAACAGGAUGGCCAGUUUGAAUUCUGUCUCCUCCAAGGGAAGCAUGGUGGCUUUGAACAUGAGAAGAAAGUUGACUCUGUCUACUUGGACCCCUUGGCCUACAGAGAAUUUGCAUUCCUGGACAUGCCGGAUGGGGGUCAAGGGACCUCUCCCCAGGAUGGGCCACUACACGUUUUAAAACAAGUGGCUGCACACCUGGAGAGAAGCUUCCAUCCCUUUGCAGAGUUACCUGCCCAGCAGCAGAUGGCGCUGUUCUGCCUCCUGCAGACAGUCUUGUUUGACGAGGAACUCCUCAAGGCUCUGGAGCAAGUGUGUGAUGAUAUGGCUGGUGGCCUCUGGUCCGCACAGGCUGUCUUGCUGAUGGAGGAGCUGACAGACAGGCAGAAGCAGGACCUCACAACCUUCCUGCAGCUGGUGGGGUGCAGGGUACAGGGUGAGCGUCCUGGCCCGCAGGAUGAGGUCAGCAACCAGAAGCUCUUUGCAACAGCCUACUUCCUGGUCAGUGCACUAGCAGAAAUGCCAGAUAAUGCCACAGUUCUCCUGGGGACUUGCUGUAAACUUCACAUUAUUCGUACGCUGUGCCACCUGCUCCAUGCUCUGUCUGGUGAUAGGGUAUGUGAUUUUGAAGACCCCGCCUUGGCUCCUCUGAGAGAUACUGAGAGGUUUGAGAUUGUGCAGCGUUUGUUUGCCUCUGCUGACAUUGCCCUGGAGAGGAUGCAGCUGUCUGUGAAAGCCACCAUCCUGAAGGACUCUUGCAUCUUCCCACUAAUUCUUCAUAUCACUCUAAGUGGGCUUUGCACUCUAAGUAAAGACCAUGAGUAAUGUCUUUGUCAGAACUACGUGCUACUGACCAAGGCUGAGUACUUUAGAGAAUUGAGAAAAUACUGUGGGAUUUGGGUCCAAGCAUGUUAAAAGAUGGCCAGUGAAUUCCAAAGCACAAUAAGUGGUGACUUUCCACACUAAAUGCCUGCAAGCACUGUGCCAACAGUCAGUGACCCCGGGAACCAUGGUAAAUCCUAACAUUUGAGUUACUUGAGGGAAGAGUCAAGGGCUUUGUACUUCAUCCACCUGUCACCUUAUUUUACACUCACUGCUGUUAUACAAAAACAGAAAAAGUCUGAGACUUCAAAAUUCAUCUCAGGCUGUGAAAGCUGUAGGAAAGCAAUUUCUCCUCACUUCUUUCCGACAUGCUGUCUGUAACAUAGUGACUGGGAGACUGUAAUGCUACUUGAGCAUAUGAAACAAAAUUGUAUUAAGGACAUCUUAUCUUACCCACCUCAACAUGGGGACUUAGAUAUAUUCCUUUGAUUUGACUUUGUUAUGCUUUGAUGAACAUACUAUGUCUGGAGCAAUUCCAGUGGAUUCUGGGAAUUUGUCACAUGCUGCCAUUUCUAUCAAAAGAAAUUCUGAACUAUGUAUAGUUUGCUAUUUAUUCUGUUUUGAUGUCCUUCUGCUUCGGCAGAUUUGGACAGUUUCCCCAAGCCUCCAGAUUCCACUCAGAGUAUCUGUUAUUAUAGACCAGACCCAAUGCCUCUGGACUGAAGCAGCAGGGAGAUGCAGUUUUUACCUUCACUUCACCCACAUGGCCCCUUCACAUUAUGAGGAAGAGUAACAAAAAUGAAAUAAAAUAAACAUAGACUCCACCUUAUGCAGCUGUCUUUUACAGGGCUAUACCAGUGGGACUGCUCAGAAAUAAAGUGAUCACAAGUUAGGAAGGAAAUGCAAAUGUAUGCAGUUGUGCAGAGUUGGUGCUGUGUCUCAUCUAUUUCUGAUAUAAGACAUAAAAAGCAUGCUAUGGACAGAACAUAUAUGAACCUACAGGUGGAAAACACACAUGUAUAUGCAUGGGAAUGCAUGUCUAAAGUUCAGGAGAAACCUGGAAAUGGAGUAUUGCAAUUCAGGGACUUUGUGACUAGGACAAAAGGCAAAAAAAAAAAAAAGUUAUUUCCUCACCUUUAUAAUCUGGUUAGAAUUUUGUAUUAUUCUAAUUAAGA